UGGGCUGAACCAGGAGAACAUCCUGGGAACGAAAAGCAACUGUAGCAAGUCACCACAUCAAGCGUGCGAGGAGCUCCACAGACUCGUCGAGACACUUUUUUUUUUUAUUAUUCAUUCGUGUUUGUAUUUGAUUGCUGAAGCUCCUCAAUGUCUCCGGCAACUGCGAUUCUCAUGCUGUCGCUGCUGCUUGUCGUGUGCGCAUGCGCCGCCGCGGCAGCCCACGACAAUCAAAGCGCCAGAGGAAGAAUGUUCUCCUACUUCGGAACAUCAUCCACCGACGAACCCUUUACUCUGGACGAUGUCUACGGGCUCAAAGUAGAUCCGAGGGUGAACAGAACCCCGAGGGUCAGAGGUGCCUUGAGGGUCAGCAAUGUGACUGCCAUCUCUGAGGAGGUACACAGCUUCCUGACGGGACGUCUUUCCACUCUGAUCAUCCCGUCUUUCUACGCUGUGGUGUGCCUGCUCGCUGUGCCCAUCAACGCCUGCGCCGCCCUGGCCUUCUUGCGCCGCAUCCGACCCAAGAAACCUGCGGCCAUCUACAUGCUCAACCUGGCGUGUGCUGACCUGCUUUUCGCCAUCCUCCUGCCCUUCAAGUCGGCCUACCACUUCUCCGGGAACAACUGGGUCUUCGGUGAGUCCAUGUGCCGUGUGGUCACCGCCGCCUUCUACUGGAACAUGUAUUGCUCAGUCCUACUGGUGGCCUGCAUCAGUGUGGAUCGUCUUCUGGCUGUGGUGUACCCCAUUGAUUCUCUGGCCUGGAGGAGGCCCCGCAACGCCGUGCUGGCCUGCGUUGCCAUGUGGAUCAUGUCCCUAGCUGGUUCAGUACCCCUGGUGGUCUCGGAGCAGACGUUCUACCUGAAAGAGCUGGAUAUCACCACCUGUCAUGACGUCCGGCCGGUGGACGAGGUGGUUGGGCUCUACGGGGCGUACUUCGUUGGCUUGUGCGUCGCACUCUUUGUCAUCCCGCUGCUGGUCACCAUCAUUUCAUACAUCCGUGUGAUUUGGUCCUUGAGCCUGGCACCUCGCGGCAUUCCUGGACGUUCCCGUCGGAGAACCAGGUCCCUGGUGAUGGUGUUGACGGUGCUGGUGAUCUUCUUGUUGUGCUUCGCGCCCACAAACUGUCUCCUUCUGCUCCACUACGCGCAGCUCCAUGAUGGAGUGAAGCAGGUCCAUGACGCCCCAGAGAACUCGUAUGUGGCCUAUCUGGUCUUUUUAUGUUUAGGGAGUCUCAACUGUCUGCUAGACCCGGUGCUCUACUGCUUCGGUUCGUCCCAAUGCCAACGAGAACUCGCUGGGGCGCUGAGGUGUCAGAAGAUGGCCGAGAGCUUCAGCACCAGUUCGUCGGACUCAUACAGGUCCAGCUCCAGGACCAUCUUGAAGUCCAGUCGUAUGGAAAGCUCACAGCGAAACAUCUCGUUUGUCAAAAAGGAUUCACUGCAAGAGAGCCACGCCGGAUUGUACAAGAAACUUCUGGUCUAAGUACCAACCUGCACAUGCAGGACCACUGACCAGACAAAUUUGAGUGCAUUUCCACCACAGGAAUCUUACCCAAGAAGUUUCAAAAGAAACAGAGGACCAAGGUCUAAAUUUUACCAAUUGGGCAAGAAGGUCUUUGACCGGAUGGCUACUUACCUAUAUAAUAAAUCAUGAUUUAAUACUAUUUCUGUUUUUACAACAUAAAUGUGAAAUAACAAGCGUUUCGACACAAUGAAGGAUGACUUUUCUUUUUGCACACUAAAACUAUUUAAGCUGUUACAUUACAAUGUUAAGCAAAGUCAAUAUUCAUGUGUGUUGUGUGUAUAUUUGCUCACUUUCUUAACUGAUAUCUUACUUUACACUUUCAUGGUUAAAUAAACACGUUUCAAACCA